CGUAACUUAUUAUUAGAAUAUUUAAAAUUAACAUUUUAUCACCAUGGCUUUCAGUUUUCCAGAUGAUUUUUUGGAAAAAUACACAUGCAAUGAAUGUAAUAAAUUUUUAUCAGUGAAACCUAUAAAACUGUACGAGAAUCAAGUAACCAAAUGUGGAAGAUGUACCAAAUGGGGCGAUAAAGGAACAAUCUCGAGCUUUGGAAUGUUAGCUAAUCAAGGUAUUUUUAAAUGUGUCAAUAGAUUGGAUGGUUGCAGAAAAUUUCUCCUAACAACACAAGUACCAUUACAUGAAGAAGAAUGUAUCAGUAAGUCGUACAAUUGUCCACUUUGCCACGGCACCAAUGAACCACUUUUUACAUUUGAAUUGAUAAGCCAUUUCAAUAAGUGUCAUCCUGAUUGUGUACUUAAAGCAAAUGUUUUUGAAGUUUCUACUAUGACUCCUAUGAUAAUGCUGUAUAGAAAAAACGAUUUUGUAUUUUUCGUGUGCAGUAAAAUUGAAAACGAUAGUCAUUUAUUCGUUCAAACUUAUUUAGUUGGAGACGAUAGUAUUGCGGAGUCUAUUCAACAACAAUAUUCCAUAAAAUCUGAAAUAGGUAAAGUUCAAACACCAAUGAGGAAAUGCCAAGCCUACAGUUUUGAACAAAUUCAAAGUUUUAUUUUAAAAGAAAAGGGUUUGGAAAUACUUGGGAAAACCUGGAUCAAUAUAGAAAUUAAUAUUUCCCGAUUACCUUGUUUCUAUCAACUUCCUUCACUGGAAGACCAAGAGGAACAUAGAACAAUUGGACGAUAUGAGUAUUUUGCAGAACAAUGCUGGAGAAUAGGGAUCAAUUGGCCAAAUAGACUAGUUUUGUUAGACGGAGAUGGAAAUAUAUCCCUAAGUGAAGAUUCUACGUACAUCAUAAAAAACCUAACAGAUGGUACCAAACUAAAAGUAUUUAUUACUUGUUUCAACUGUUUCAGAAUUGCUGAUAAGAAUCUGUUGAUACUGAUUAACAGCAGUUUCUUUGGUAUUUGCGAUAUUUGCUCUAAGAUUAACAAAACCUUACAUUACACCACUUCAUUAAUAGACGUCUUAUGUACAAAUCUCAGGUUUGUUCACAUAGAUCAGUAUCUACGUUGUCCAGAGGAAAAUUGUAAAUACAGAAACAACUUACUGCAACUGCAAAAUCACAUGAAGCGAAAGCACAAGAGAGAUAUCUCACUUUCCAAUUAUUUCAGUCUUAGUUUUUUGCGAGAAAAAGCAGGAAUUUUAGAUAUGUAUGCGUUUGUCCUACCUUAUAUUUUAACAGUUAGAUUUAAGUCGUAUGUGAAGCAAAGUACCAAAUAUUGGAAAAUUAAAGUUUUAAGCAAAUCUAUGGCACCGGGUCUUAAACCUAGAUGUGUUAUUUUGAACAAUCAAGUACCAAACUAUCCAAUUGUACAAGAAAUAUUUUGUUGUUCUGAUUAUAUGUGGUAUAGUAAUGAUUAUUUGUAUGUAUAUUUGUCUUGCACUCUCUAAAACUUUUUUGUAUUUAGUUUUUUUAGACGGGUGUACUAGGGCGGUCCGAUAAGUACUUAGUCUAUAAACAAGUGGCGAUUUAGCCCAAUACACUUGGUACAUCGAUGCUCUAACUUCUUUAAGCAGUCUGAAAAAAAAAACAUUUUCUGGAGGUCUGCAAAACACGAUUCCGU